AUGGCCUCAAGUGCACGAUUCAAGAAAACGUACUUUCUAGCACCGAACUUUGACUACCCCCCUGGCGGUUCGCUCGCUUUGGGCAGCAUACUGACUAACCCGUUCGACCCGAGCACUUGCAUCAACGCGGGCGGAGGACUGCCCUUCCCGUCCGACAUGCCUGUCCAGACAUCUCUCAAGCUAGACUGGAGGGAUGAGCGAUCCCAGCGCCGUGGCGGUGCCAUCGGGCUCUGGGCCCAGUUCUUGAACCUGCUUGGAAUCGAGGCCGAGGUUGGCGUUAAAUGCGCAGUUGACAACAGCAGCGUCUAUCAAUUUGACAAGCUGGAAACGCAAUUCAUCGAGCCGACAAAAGAGUACAUCGAGCAAAGCGUACUGGAUGUGCCUUCGGUCGUGUCGCACAUCAUCGAAUCAGGCUACCGGAAGCCAGUAUACAUGAUCACCGGCAAUACAAGACUGCCCGUGGAGCAGCCGUGGCGACCCAAAUGCAGGUGGCUAUGGGUGGCCACCUCAAACUCGGUGCUGAUGGGCUACCAAGCGGGAUACCAGUCAGUGCCGGCCCCCAGGCAAGUAUCUGGAAAGACAAAGCCAGCCAGGUGA